AUGUGGCACGCAAGACUUCUCUCCCUCGGCCUAGCACUUGUUACCCUCCUUAAACCGACAGCUGGAGAAUGUUACUCUUCUGCCGAGUGCAGCAACGACGACUCUAGAUGUGGCCUCGACUAUAACGGGCAGGUCCAAAAGGGUGCUUGCUGGAAGCUUAUCGACGGUGGAGAUGGGUGCUGCUAUUAA